CGCGGGAACUAAAAAUUUGUAAACAUUGUAUACAUCAGGAAGGCAGUCUUGGUGAAAUUUUAUCCUUUUAGCGUGAUCUGGCAGCAUAUUUCGCACAAAAUGCAAAUACCUUUUAAGAUCGCCAGGAAGGAAGGCACACCGGAGUGGAUCAUCCUGGAGUUACAAGGAGAUUUAGAGUCUCGCACUAAUGAAGAAAUGGCUUCGAAGUUCAUUGGUGAUCUGCAUUUUACCAAAGAGGGCACUCCUAUCCUUAUUAUCGGUCACCACAUCAUGUAUGGAAAAAUUCAGGACCUAGAUAAGCCCUACGCUCUAAUGCAUAAGAAGAAGCUAAGCACCGGUAUCGAGCAAAUGGACGUUGACGACACAGAAAGCCAAGAGACUGCAUCAUCGACUGCAGGAGUGGAAUACCUCAUACAAGCUGUUAUCCGUAAAAAAAUCCUGUUCAAAAGCAGGCCGAAGCCAAUCAUUGCUGUGCAAAGUGCUAAUGUUUCGUAGUGUUUUGUUGUAGCAUUGUAUAUUAAGAUAGUUAUAAAAAUAUAUUUGAUUGUGCA